GGACGAGGGGCCGCCGGGGCAGGGCCGGGCGCAAAGCCGGCGCCGCUCCUUCUGCGCAGGCGCCGCGAGCUCCCGCCCCUUCCUGCCCGCCGCCGCUGCGCCGGAAGCCGACUCCAGUUCUCAGCCUGCCCCGGGGCGGAGGCGGGUUUCCGGGCGCUCUGUGCUGACUCUCGCUUCCGCUGCCGCAGGGCGAGCCGGGCCGGCGCGAUGAAGCUGUUAGCUCUUGCUGUGUUUGCCCUGCUGUCUGUUGCUCACAGCGAGGAGGGAGCCAGGCUACUCGCCUCUAAAUCUCUGUUAAACAGAUAUGCGGUGGAGGGCAAGGAUCUGACUCUGCAGUACAACAUCUACAAUGUUGGCUCCAGCGCGGCUUUGGAUGUGGAGUUGUCGGAUGAUUCUUUCCCCCCAGAAGAUUUUGGCAUUGUCUCUGGAAUGCUUAAUGUCAAAUGGGACAGGAUUGCUCCAGCCAGCAACGUAUCUCACACUGUGGUCCUGAGGCCCCUCAAAGCUGGCUACUUCAACUUCACCUCAGCUACCAUCACCUACCUGGCACAGGAGGGAGGGCAGGUUGUGGUUGGCUUCACCAGUGCCCCUGGGCAGGGAGGAAUCUUGGCUCAGAGAGAGUUUGACAGGAGGUUUUCCCCUCACUUUCUCGAUUGGGCAGCUUUUGGAGUGAUGACCCUUCCCUCCAUCGGAAUCCCUCUGUUGCUGUGGUACUCGAGCAAGAGAAAAUACGAUACCCCCAAGACCAAGAAGAACUGAGGAAAGCCAAAUGCAGCCAGAGCUCAGGAACCCCACUUAGAAUUACAGUGUAUUCAGAGUAGCAGCAAUCAACCCUCCAAAUCAAGUGACUGGGCCAACAGUUCAGUGCUGGCAGGGGAGGGAUUUGUAUUAUUCUUGUGGCCAGUCACUUUCUUGGGUUUUUUUUUUAACCCUUUCUCAGCAGAUCUGGAACAAAGACCUCAUCGGUUCUGUUGUAAUUAAGUUGCAGAUGCAGCUGCAGUACAAGAAUGCUAAUAACAUCCAAGGAGUGCGGAUGUGAGAGCCUUUCUGCAGCAUUUGUGGCAUCACCGCUGCUUGCCAAAUGCCAGUCACAUGUGGCCAGAUCUCCUCAUGCCACAAUCCUCGAUCUUGGGUCAGCCCCCACCCUCUCUCCCCAGCAUUUCCUACAACUGUGACUGAGGAUUGAUCAAGUGAUGGUAACUGAGACCUCCUUUCUAUGCAGGUUUAUUAGUGCCAGUCCCUCUCAGCCAAGCGGUGGCCUAUAAACCCCCAUAGAAAGAUGCCUGCCCUGUAGGGAAUGUUGGCUACAUUGUUGUAUUUUGGUGAGCAAUUGACCGCCAUGUUUCUGUUUUUCUGAUUACUCUGUUGAGAAGUGUGUGACUGUACACACUGAGGGUUUUAUAAUAAAAUGAACACCACAAAGUGA